CCAUUAACAACGGUAAACUUCCCGAACUUGAACAAGAUCUACACAACAUCGAAAGGCUUCAAACAGCAUUACAAUGCAUACCAUCUCACUGCGGAAUCAAGGGAAACAAAAAUGCUGAUCUGCUAGCAAAGGAGGGAGCCAAACAACAGCAAUAUGAAAACCAAGUAAGCUUCUCAGAGAUGAAAACCAUCAUCACAUCACUACACAGAACCCCUCAACAACAAGACAGCUAUCACCAACUGGCUAGACCUGAGCAGACGACCAUCUUCAGACUUAGGACAGGACACAACAGACUUAACCAACAUCUGCAUAGAGUCAUGAAAGUCAUACCAUCACCGAUGUGUCCAUGUGGAAAAGCUGAGCAGAAUACAGAACACCUCCUACAACACUGCAGAAUACACCAGGCACUGAGAAACAACACUUGGCCAACACCAACAACGCUACAAGAGUAG